UCAGCAGGCCCACCCUCACCAGGCAAGAGAAGAGGGGAGGGGAAACCGCGCAGGAAGGGAGGGUGUGAGAAGAGUCAGAUGCCAGGCCUGAAGCUACAGCCAGAGUGACUGACUGCUUGCUGGCUGCUUCUUCAGCUCAGAGGACCUGGGAGUCUGGGAGUCCGGGUGUAUGCCCUUCUCCUUUCUCUAAGACCCAAUAGGCUGGGUUAUCUGUGUCUUUACCCCAUAAGAAGUAGAAACCCAGAGCUGUGUCCAUGGAGCCCUGCCGGUCCCUGGCUCUGCUUGCUGGCUUCCUGGGCCUGACUUCUUCUCUGAUUGCUCUGAGCACUGACUUCUGGAUAGUGGCCAUAGGCCCCACAUCCUCUUCCCACAGUGGUCUCUGGCCAAGAACACAUGAGAUCCAGGUAGCAGGUUAUAUCCAUGUGACCCAGAGCUUCUGUAUCCUGGCUGCCCUGGGGAGCCUGGUGUCCGUGGGCUUCCUGAUUUUGUCUUACAGUCCAGCCCUAUCCCUCCCGGGCCGUGGCCCUCUGGUGUCAACUGUCAUGGCUUUUGCUGCAGCUCUCUCCAUAAUAGUGGCCAUGGCAGUGUACACCAGUAAUAGAUGGAGCCAGACUCCAUUUCCACAGGUCCAGACAUUCUUCUCAUGGUCCUUUUACCUGGGCUGGGUCUCCUCUAUCCUGUUCCUCUGUGCAGGCUGCCUGAGCCUGGGUGCUCACUGCAAAACCCACCGGGCUGGGUAUGAAACCUUAUGAACAGAAGGCAAGACAGCAGCAGGGUCAGCAGGACGCUUGGAGCUACAGAGAAAAUGCAGGAUUCUGGCUCUGUCCCUCCCACCUUGCCUUACUCUUCAUUGGUUUCUUCUCACAUUCAAUAAAAACAUACGCAGAUCUAA